CAGCAUUGACUUUUGGUUUUAAACAAAGAAAAGGACACAAACAACUGUAAAACAAGAAAAAAAGAAAGCAUCCAGCAAAACAUGGCUAAAGAAUAAAUUUGGAUUUUUAAGAAAGAGCAUUUUUUAAAUCACAAGUAAGUACUGGGCGGACCACGCUUCCCCUGACAAAUGCUGUUUGAAUCAAGUGGAGACUGGCUUUAGCGAACACGAACAUUCGCUAGCAUUUUGCGCCAUCAUGAACCCGUCCGGUACUUUUGGUAGCUCACAAGGAGGUGCCUUCCAGGCCCCUGGUGGCACCAUGAAGACUAGCCUGUUUGGACAGCCAUUUGGACAGCAGAAUCCAAGCAGCCAAGGGCUCUUUCAGCCUCCCGCGUUUGGACAGCAGCCUGUCAUGAAUCAAUCUGCGGGGCACGGAAAUCCCAUUUUUGGACAAACCCCUGUCUUCGGACAGUCCCAGCCUUCAUCCACGGUGAGUUCGGCUCCAGCUUUUGGACAGCAGCCUCUUGGAACCUUUGGGAAUACCAAUGCAUCAUCUUUUGGACAAAACAGUGUGUCGAACCAGGGCUCAGUUCUAGGACCGGGUUCUGGAUUUGGCCAGCCUCCAGCAUUUGGAGUGACUUCAGCAUUUGGCUCCAAUCCUACUCUUGGGCAGCCCCAGCCUCUUUUCUUCGGACAGACUUCUUUUGGACAAACAUCCUCCACCAGCAGCUCCACCAGUGUAUUUGGUCAGACUCCAAAUAUCACCCAAAGCAGAGGAUUUGGAUCAUCUGAGUUCAGCUUCAAACCAGCCAACGAUGCAAUUUUCAAGCCCAUUUUCAGUGCCAGCCCAGAGCCAACUAACCCCCAAAUCACACCAGUGUCUGGUUCUUCUUUUUGUGCAGCUGGGUCCCAGGUGAGCUCCAGUACAAACGCAGGCUUUUCCUUUUUGACUGGGUCUAAGGCCGGGCCAGCAGGCUUCAACUUGUCACAACCAGCUCCCGUGUCUUCUAGUUCCUCUCAGAACAAUUCUCUGACAACUGCCUGUGGUGAUCAAACCAAAACUCUUCCAUUUUCAUUUUCCCAGCCAGCAGUCCCUCCCAUUUCCAGCACCACAGCUUCCAUCAAAGAACCUACUACCCCAUCAUCCUUUAGCUUCUCACUCAAAAACUUCCAAACUCAACCAACGCCUCUCUCAGUCGGAGCUGGUUUUGAUCAGCUCUCAGCUUUUGGUGAACCCAAAUCUAAAGUAGAGACUAGUUUAGAUAAAAAUGAUAGUAACCUUUCUGGACAAGGUAACUCAAAUAUAUUUAGAGAAUUUAGCAAGGGCACAAAGCGCAAGGAUCCAGCCAUGCCUGUUUUAGGGAUACAGAAGCCGGCUACUGAUCAGGAUGCUCCCUCUAGAGCUGAAUCACCAAGACAACCUUCAAAGAGGCCAUUAAUCAGGUCCCGUGGACAACCAGGAGGGUUACUUAGCAGGGCAUUAAAUGCUAUUCGGAAAGAUCAAAGUAGCUCAGUUAGAAAUGAAGGGCCAAAGGAGAAUCCACAGCAAGCAGGAACUUGGGAGGAGACAGAAAGGAAAGCAGCUCAACCUCAGGAGGAUGACCUGCCUGAAGCAUCCUCCGUGCAAACACCAACAAGGGAUGUGGAGGAACCCACUGAAGAGACAGUUUUGUUAGAAACAACUCCAGAGACAAAAGCUGAGAUGUCCACUCCUGCGAGUCGUGGUGAACGGAGUGAAAGCUUGGAUAGCCUGGGUGGGAUGUCUCCCAGUGAGCUCACUAACAUCAUGUGUAGAAAUAUUCCUCAAGAGCUCAAUAAAAGGAAUAAGAUCGAGAAGCAUUUUGCUCGUUUCGGAAAAGUUUGCAAGGUUCUCUGCCGGCCUGCAAAGAAUCUGGCCAUUGUAUAUUUUAAUGACCACGCAGCAGCUGCCAAAGCAAAGAAGAGGGGCAAAGUUUUUGAUAAACACGAGCUCCUCAUCCUCUGGAUGAAGAAAAAGCACAGUCCAGAAAACAAAGGAAGCCGGCCACCAGCAGAAAAGGAGACACAAGGAGAAAAUCCACAAGUUGUAGAGUCCAUGUCAGCUUCCUCCCCACUAAGAGCCCCUCGCCUCAGACCUCCUGCUCUGAGCAACUCUCUCGCCUUAAGUCACAGUUCUCCAGUAAGGAGGGCCUCCCCAGCCAAAGUUUUGCAGUUCGAUGCAGAUUCCCAGAAGGAGAUCAAGACAGAGAGUCUGAGCUCAGAGCGCCCCGUGCCCUCCUCCCUUCUCCCCCUGAUCGGUCAGGUGGCAGAGACAGCGGAGGAGAAGUUCCGCCUCUUGGAGCAAAGGGACAAAAUCCUGCGGCAAGGUCGAUCCAAGCGGACAGACCUCGACUUGGCUUUUGUUGGAACGUGCCCCGACAUGUGUCCAGAGAAAGAACGAUACAUGAGGGAAACCCGGAACCAGCUAAGUGUCUUUGAGGUCAUCCCAAACACAGAGAUGGUCAAUCACACUGCAGCCAUCAAGGAGUACAGCCGCUCAUCAGCUGAUCAAGAAGAGCCUCUCCCUCAUGAGCUACGCCCCUUGCCUGUGCUGAAAAUGACCAUGGACUACCUGGUGACCCAGAUCAUGGACCUGGGUCAAGACAACUAUCGAGAUUGGUACGACUUUGUUUGGAACAGAACACGGAGUAUCCGAAAGGACAUCACCCAGCAGCGGCUCUGCUGCCCACAGACGGUAUCACUGAUUGAGAAGUGCACUCGCUUCCACGUGCACUGCGCCCACCACCUCUGUGAAGAGCAUAUGUCGUCCUUUGACCCCAAAAUCAACACUGAAAACAUGACAAAAUGCCUCCAAAGUCUGAAAGAAAUGUAUGAGGACCUAGCAGCACAUCAAACCUUCUGUCCCAGCGAGGCAGAGUUCCGCCAGUACAGUGUGCUGCUAAAACUCAAUGAUGGCGACAUCCUACGUGAGGUGCAGCAGUUCAGAGACGAGGUGCGCAACUCUCCCGAAUUGAAGUUUGCUGUUCAGGCUUUUGCUGCCGUCAACAGCAACAACUUUGUCCGUUUCUUCAAACUGGUGAAAGGAGCUUCUUAUCUCGCCGGCUGCCUCCUGCACAGAUACUUCAAUCAGGUCAGAGCAAAGGCACUUAAAGUUCUAAACAUGGCUCUCACUGUGGGUCCACGCUCCACACCUCUGCCAGUAGAAGAUGUGGCUCGGAUGCUGAUGUUCCCAAACUCAGCUGAGGCGACCGACUUUGUCCAGCAGUUUGGCCUCAAUGUCACCGAUGGGAUGGUGGAGUUGAGUCGUGUUGUCUAUCAGGAGCCGGAAAUUCCCCCGUCUCCCAAGAGAUCAGCGGUCAUCAUUGCAAAGAAAACGGUGUUGAAUGGGGAGGUUGUAAAUGGAGGCCCUCUCCCCAUCCCACCCCAUCACACACCACAGUGUAGCUUUGAUCUCCAAAAUAAAUAUCGUGGAGAACUGCCUACUUCGAACUUCAUUAAAGUCACUCCUGUCAGUGCGGACUUUGCAGCACCACCCAGUAAAGAGCUGUUCACUCACUUUGAGGAUUCAGCUUCCUUUCCUCCAUCUGUUUCGAGUGAAACUGGAGAGACUGGUGGAUCCCACAGUCCUCCAGGCCAGCUCACAGAACCACAGCAACUGUUCCCAUUCAUCUCUCAACCCGAGCCGGUCAAACCGCCAUCACCUCCGCCUGAACCUCAGCCGAUGUAUAGUGAUGAGGACAUUAUGGCUGAGCUUGAUUGUGUGAUAGAAGAGGUAGUAAAAGCUGAGGUGAAAGAGGUCACAGAUGAAGGAGCCGCCUACAUCGCAGCAGCUCUUCAAGAAAGCAAUGUCCAGGUCGAGUCCGUGGUCAGUGAGGUGGUCCAACGACUGUUGCAAGAGAUCUCGUCCAGCGAGGUCAAGAUAGAGCAAGAGCGAGUCGCCGAAGAGAAACGCAGACUUGAAGAGGCGAGAUGGAGGCAGGAGCACGAGGCUUUCCUAGCUCAGUUCAGCUCUUCUCUCUGUACUGAGAUCAUCCAUGAAAUAUUGGACGAGACCAUACAAGAGACGGUGUCCUCUGAGAUCCAGGAAGCUGUGAAUGAGAAAGCAGAGCGUUUGGCCAAAUGCACAGAGCAGAUCUGCAACAGUUUGGUUGAGGAGACUUUGAAUACAGACAUUGCUAUGUUGGUCGAUGACCUUCUGGAAGCCGAGUUGCAGCGAAUCUACAAGUACAUUAAAAGAUGGCGUGAUGUGGUAGCAGUUCGUCGUCAGCUAAAGAGACAGAUGAGAGGGUUUCCUGCAGCUCCCUGCUGUGUUGACCCUUGUUUUAAGUUGAAGGCCCUGGCUCCCAGCGCCCCCACACAGCCCUCUCUGGCAGAUUUGGCUCGUGGGAUGGUCAACCUGGGAAAUGCCGGCUCCUUAACGCUGUCCAGCACAAGGUUGUUAGAAAUGAGACAAGAAGUCACGCACCAGAUGAGAGUCCAUUACUACUUUCAGCAGCUGCUUGAGAAACACGUAUGGGCGCCACUCGACCUGGUAUCACUGGUGACUGAAAAUAUUCCCAUCGCACACGACCGGAUCUUCUGGAAAGCUCUUCUCCUCUUACCCAGUGACCAGGAAAGCGCAGCCAGCAUGGCUAACAGGGUUCUGUCGGACUGGCUGGAGGCUAAACUUGGUGGUGAGCAGCAGUCUGAGGAGCAUCUGGAUGGCUCUCUGUGGACGCUGUGUGUCACCAAUGCGCUGCAGGAGAGCGGACGGCGUACGCAGAAAGUCCAUAUUGCUGUUAAGGCGUCCCGAGGCCCCCUGACUGAUAACAAUCUGUCCAGAGUGGAGCGGUGUUCUGAGCUUCAGGGGACUGGAGCCCUGAUUCUGUUGGUCCCUGCGCUGCCUGUUUUCGAGCCCGGGCUGCAGGACCAGGGUGUUCCAGAUUCUCUGCUGUCUGCCUUGCUUCAGCUUAAACAGCUGCAACAGGUCAACACCUGGCACUGCCCGCUGCCUUUGGUCAUUCUAGUGCCAGGCCCUGACGGCGGUGCCUCUUACACAAAUAAGCUUGAAAAAGCUUUGAGGUUACACACCCUGAUGACGGAAGGCCUGAUUUCCGAGUUUACGUUCGUCUUCAUACCAGAAACCAGCAACGACCUUCAGGGAUCCAAGCAGCUAAGCCAGGCUUUGAGCUGGCUCUUGGCCCGGGCUACACCCCCCCUCUCACUUUCAUGCCAAACACUGAUGCAGCUCAUUGAAACCAGCUUAGGUCGUGAGUUAGAUCCCAGAGUUUUUGCGAUCCGCCAGGAGCGAGCCACUGCACACCUCCUGCCCCAAGAGCCAGCACCCAUCAUCCGGCUGUAUAAUGCCAUUUUGGAUCAUGUUGCGGACACAGUGGCAUCCCAGCAUCUUUGUAGACUCUCUUGGCCACCAGGUGAAUUCUCCUUACCUCACACCCGUAGCUUUGUCCCUCACCUGGCCUGGAACUCUGUAGAGCAUCUGGCCUGGCUGCGAAAAGCCAUCCUCAGCCUGCAGCUGCCAGAGUGGGAACCACUGCCUCCUACAGAUUCAUGGUCGGAACUUUGCUCCUUCAUUUUUCACUAUGCGGCUAAGAUCCCAGCAUCACAUCUCAGUCAACCUCUCCUAAAAUCGCGUCUGGAGAAUCUUCUGGAAAGAGUCAGGGUCAAAACUCAUCUCACCCAAACUUGUGGAUUCAGAGGGAACAUGGAGUAUAACAGCAGAGCGCAAAGCCAGAGCAUUAGUCAGAUUCCCUGGGAUGACGUGGUGAUGAUCUGCAUCGACCACAAACUGAAAGACUGGCAAAGACCUGAAGAAUCUGUGUGUGAGGAUGCCUUGACAGCGGGUGGAGACAUCCUGGUUUACUUUUCUGCUGAGUCGUUGAAGGAUUUUCGGGCACCUGAAGAUUGGACUGAGGCGGUGCGAAAGACGCAUGAAGAGAAGAAACAGGAAAAGAAUUGGAUGAGCACAGCUGAUUUUGCCACAUCGGACACUUUUUCCCUGGGACAAAAGCUUUUCCACAGUCCACUGGAUGCCGAUGAAGCAUCAGUAACCCCGCUAGACGUCACCCACGUGCCCACAACACAGGAGCGGCAGGCCCACAAGUUCCUCCAGAGCUUAGAGGAGGAGAAGGCUGAAAGCAAAAGGAGUAUAGAAAAGCUUCAACGCUGGCUAAAUGGCGAGCCACUGGAGCACUUAUCCACACCGCUCUUCAUUCCUUCAUCCACACUGUUGUCCAUGCCACUCACAAUAAAGCAGCUGUCCUCAGACGAGACUGGAGUCUCUCCUUUAUCCCAGGGGGCGGAUGAGGAACCAGAGAGAGCAGAGUUGAAAAAGACAACUACAUCCAUCUCAUGGAAGCUUCAGGAUUUGGAGCGACAGAUCUCAUUGGGUCACGAGGAGGAGGUUGCCUGCAGUUUGAAGCUGAGCGGUCUGCGUAGCAUUGUGGAUGACUGACCAGCUCAGAAAGAAGUGUCCCAUCAACUUCAACAUAGAUCUUAUAUUCUAUGAAAGAUGAUUUUAGAUUUGUCCUUCUUGUUUUUUUGUGUCAAAUUCACUAUUAGCAAAUGAGUUUCUAUUAAAGUCUUUGUGUUUGAGAGAACAAAUCAAAGAUUUUUGCUUUAUUUUAUUUUAUUUUAAUGCUGACUUUGACGAUAUUCUUGGUCUGCUUAUGUCUGAGGAGAGAAAGGAGAAAUGUUGAAUAAAUGAGAACGUAAAACACUGAAA